AUGCUGCUAUCGACCUCGAGCAACCGGUUGUUCCGCCGGGCACAAUUGCUUCACUGCUGCCGCCACACUUAUUCCUCCAUUGGUAGCCGAUACCAUAGCCGUCUGUCCAUUCCUCUGGCUGGUCAAUUGACACCGGCAAAGUCAACAGGCUCCUCCUCUACCUUACACCUUCACACUGCGAACCCAUUAGCGAUCAUACCGAGGCAUACUGGGCAAGGGUACUCUACAGCGACAACCACGCCAAUUGCGACCGACUCGAUGGAACCCAAUCCUGUCACUCAUUAUACGCCGCCUCAGACGGGCUUGAUCGCCUCAUUGCCCAAGUCAUGGAUCCCUUACGCCGAAUUGGUCCGCCUGGACAAGCCCACGGGCACCUACUAUCUCUUCUUUCCGACCCUCUUCUCCACUCUUCUCGCCGCCCCGAUGGCCACCGGCGUGGCACCGCUGCAGGUCCUAGGCACGGUUGGACUCUUCUUCACGGGCGCCCUGAUUAUGCGUGGUGCCGGGUGUGCAAUCAACGACCUAUGGGAUCGAAAUUUGGACCCUCAUGUUGAACGCACCAAGUUCCGACCCAUUGCCCGCGGGGCGCUUUCGCCGAAGAAUGCCAUUUUGUUUACGGGCAGCCAACUACUGGCGGGACUCGGGGUCCUGCUUCAAUUUCCCUCCCAAUGCCUCUGGUACGGUAUUCCCAGCUUGCCAAUUGUGGUGAUCUACCCUCUGGCCAAGCGGGUCACCAACUACCCCCAGGCGGUCCUGGGUCUCGCCUUCUCAUGGGGUGCAAUCAUGGGCUUCCCUGCUCUGGGUGUCGAUUUGCUUGCCAACCAUGACGCCAUGAUGGCCGCGGCGGCAUUGUAUACCAGCUGUAUUUCGUGGGCGGUCCUGUACGACAUGAUCUACGCACAUAUGGAUAUCAAGGAUGACGUCGCUGCUGGAAUCAAAUCCAUCGCUCUGCGUCACGAACACAACACCAAGGCUGUUCUCACCGGACUAGCGGUUGCUCAAGUAUCCCUGCUGGGUGCGGCGGGUCUUGCUGCGGGCUGUGGACCGGUGUUCUUCGCUGGCAGCUGCGGCAGUGCCAUUCUCACCCUAGGCCUGAUGAUCUGGAAGGUCCAGCUUAAGAGUGUCAGCAGCUGCUGGUGGUGGUUCAAGAAUGGCUGUCUCCUAACAGGUGGUGGUAUCAGCUUGGGUCUCCUCGGUGAGUAUGCUGCGCAGUACUAUGGGUUGUAUGAUAAAGAAGAGCUUGCGAAGCUGGAGUAG